GGUCCGAUGCAGCUACUACAGUAGUGGGCAUGGACGAGAAUUCGCCAUAUAGCACCAAUACCAAAACCGCUUAGAGAUUACGAUCCAAUUACGGUGCUUCAACUAAACGCGGAUGAAGUAUUUCCAGUACCUCCAUAUGGUGCACGGUAAUACUCUAACUAUAACUAAUUCCAUAUAAUUUCAAAUCUUUCAAUUAACUCUACACUUAAUAUAUGCAUUGUUUUAAUAUACGUACUUUGCAUAACACAUUGUAGUUGGUUGCAUCCUUUGAGUUAUGUUCACACCGCUAGUCAUUCAGUUUGCAUAUAUAGAACAAUGCUUGAUCAAAUGUUGUCAAAUCAAGUUCGUGAAUUUGCUAAUAAUGUUGAUAAUAUUUUUUUUUCCAUAUUGUUGAUAAUGUUGUUGAUAAUGAUGUUGAUAAUAUUCGCAAUGUCCUAAUAUUUUUUAUAGUUCAUUGGAUGCCAUAUAACACCACUGAUGUUGAGUACCAAGAAUUGGCUUCGGAUUCGACAAUUGUUUCACCAUUACUUUGGAUGUCUAGUUGUCCACUUAUUUGUUAUUCACGAGUGGAGAUGCAUCGUCCGGAGAGAGUAUUACGACAGUUCGGGAUGGUCCAGCCAACUCCGUCACAUCCUACGGAUGUUGUUAUUUCCAACAAAUUACAUGAUUUGACUCGUCAAGGUCGAUCGGGUCUGGAUUGGAGCGAGUAUUUGAGUACAUAUGUUGCUAAAUGGCACAAAGAUUUCAGACUAUCGUCCCAUUUCAACCAAUCAAUGGACAAGAUACAGAGGAUGGUUAUGAAGCAUGGUAUGAUGAGCACACUCGUCGUUUUAUAUCACCGAUUGACGAUUUGACGAGCAUUGAUUUUCAGACUGGAGAUCGGACAAUUAUGAAUUUGGUGGCUACUCGACUAGCCUCAAUGAACACCAAUAUGCCAGAAAUGCAGCCUAUGAUCAAUAUUCUCAACAGGACCGGGAUGCCUUCUACGGGUGCCUCGGAUGGAGGAAGAAUGAGAACUCACAACCGCACUCAAAGGUCUACAAGAGAAAUGAAUGAUUUCACUUCCCGAGAUGAGGAUGUGACCGGUCCUUCCACGUACUGAGAUUAUGCCGGUCCUUCCUCAUAUCAAGAUGAGGCCGGCCCAUCCACACUUCGAAAUGAGCCCGGUACUUAUCCCGGUUCUACUGAUGAUGUUUAUAUUCCGACACCAGUAACUCCAUACUAGCCUGCCAUGAACAUGUAUUCAGGUAGUGAAUUUUUGGAUCUCAGUUU